GAUACGCAUGCGCACAAGAGAGUUUUAGCAUGGUGAAUGCUCGAAAGUGAAUUUACUUCACAGUUUUGCUGCAUUUACGCACAAUCGGCAAGUGAUGGGGAAGAAGAACAAGGGAGGUGUGGUGGAGGCCAUUAAGUGUGAUAUCUGCUGCAUUGUGCUGAACUCCGACCAGCAAGCACAGCAGCACUUCAGUGGCAAGACACACAUGAAGAAAGAGAAGGCCAGGAAGGAAGGUGGUGAAACCAUGGCGUCUCCUCUGACCAAUCCACUGGUUGCAGCCAAGGUCAGCACUCCCGAUUUUGUUCCCGAAAUCAUCAAAGUUGACCAACCACCAAAUCCUUUUGCCGUUUUGCCGAAAGAUGCGCCAGAGGACCCAACAAAGAAGCUAGACCCCGUGGCGCAGGCUGUCUUCGACAACAUGCGAGGAAAGCUGCCGACCAAGAGAAAAGUGAUCGAGAUUCCGUGUGCUGUGUGUGCCAUUGUGUUUAAUUCGGAGGACCAGGCGGAUGUUCAUUUCAAGAGUCAAAAACAUGCCAAAAAAUUACAGACUAUUGAACUUCUUAAUAAGCAGAAGAUGGUGUCAGAUACCAGUAGUAAUGGUGAGGCUACAACCAAUGGUGGAAAGACAGAGGAUGGCAUGGUGAAGAUGCCUGGUAAUCAGUUCCGGUGCUCUUUCUGCAAUGUCAGUCUCAAUUCUGUGCAUCAGCUGGAGAUGCAUAGGGCAGGUCAGAAACACAAAAACAAACUGAAGCUUGCUCAACAGCAGCAAAAUGGAGGUCCCCCUGCCAAAAGGAAACCCCCUUCAAAAUUUGGCAGCAAUAAUUUUAACAGGCCAAUGAAUUCAAAUCCAUCCUUUAACAGUGGUCCAUACAAUGGCAAUGGAAAUCAAGGAGAAAACCAAGGUGAAUACAGCCAUCCAGAAGACCAGUACUACAAGCAGGGUCCUCCCACCCACCCUGCCUGGCUACCCUCUGGGAACCAGUUUCAGUGCCGUGUCUGCAGCAUAUUCUUCCCUGGCCCAAACCAGCUGUACCAACACAUCUCAUCCCCUGAGCAUGCAGAAAAGCAGGCCCUUUUAAUGAAUGCUCCCCAAAGUUGACCAUGCACAAGAUAAUGGAAGCUCCCCAUGGUUAAAAAAAACCUCGUUGUGAAUGAUGUAGCUUUGAGAGAUUUUUAAAAGAAUAAAGUUGCCAAGUGAAAUAAGGAGCAAAAUGGACAGGAAAUAACCCAAGCACAAGUUAAAUGCAUGCACAAAGAAAGGAAAAUUUGGUAUGAAGCAUGGAUUCAAGACUUGGUUUUUGAGAAGAAAAAGGGAUUUGAAAAAUGUUUUUGCAAGGAAGCACCACAAAAAGACAGGAGAAAUAAUUUUCAUUGAUCGUGUUUUUGACCUCUCCUGUGAUGGGAAUGUCUCCCAGUCUCACCCAACACAUUCUGUUUGUCUCAACCAAGAGAUUUUCCAAGUCUCAACUACCACAUUAGAAGUAAGGACGCAGGAGCAUUUACUCAUCAUAAGAAGUGCAAGAUUUUGAAUCAAACGUGUUUGAUGAGACAAUUUGCUACUUGCACAGUAACAUGAUAUGUAGUCUUGUUCAGCAGUGGGCAACUAUUCCUGUUGAAGUUCAAAACAAUCCACUGUAAAUAUAUUUGCAGCUUCUUUUUUUCAUUUCUGCUGUCAUGUUUUAUUUUGCACAUGACUUAAAUAUAUGUACAUAAUUGUCAGAUUCAUUCAUGGAAGCAGAAUACCCUUUUAGCUGAUUCAGAAGAAAACAUUUGCUGAGAGGGAGACAGAGAUCCCAACACAACUGUUUUCCUCUUGUGAUGGACAUCUCAUUCAACAGCACUCCAGAGGCUAACAAAGAACACA